AUGUGUGAGAAGCUGAAGAUUGAGCUUGAGUACAAUUGUGCCACCAUCUCGUUCACCCUUGAUAUCUGGACAGCACCGAAUCGGGUGCCCAUUUUCGCCAUUAUUGCGCACUGGAUUACACCGGAGUUUGAGGAGAGAGAGGAAGUUAUUGAGUUUAUUGAGCUCAAAAGAUCUCACACUGGCAAACAAUUAGCUGAGAUAGUUGAGAGGACGCUUGAGGAGCUCAGGCUCAAGCCUAAGCUUCUCGCCAUUACGGGAGACAACGCCGGCAAUAACGGCACGCUCUGUCAGUCUUUGUACGAUUCUCUCAAGACCAAAUUCGACGACAAGAGUUGGAUCCGCUGUCUAGCUCAUAUUACCUCGCUCAUUUGUGAGGGCGUCUUGCAAGAUCUCAAAGCAGGCACAGCGAAGGAAGCCAAGAAGAUGCUUGACAAGUGGGACGAAGAGAAUAAAAGCAACAACUACACCAUUCCGGGAGACUCUAGUCGAAGUGGGAUUGCCAAAAUCCGCCUCCUCAAUCUCUGGAUGUUGAGAUCCGGGUCUAGGGAGCAAGACUUCAAAAGCAUGCCGCGCACGCACUACCGGAAGCCAACCUACGAUGUCGACACUCGCUGGAAUUCGGCCUACGACAUGAUUGACCAAUUCCUCGAGCUUGAGGCAGAGUAUACUGAGUUCGUUGAUACUCACCCGCAAGUCAAGUGCCUCCUGCCCUUAUCAGAAGAGAUUGUCGCUCUCUAUCAACUGCGGAAGGUUCUGAAGCCGUUUAAAGACCACACUCUGAAAGUCUCCGAAGUUAUGCCGCCGAUCUCACAAAGUCUCGAUAUCUAUUGGGAUUUGGAAGCUCUCCUUGAUGAUGUAGUCGAAGGAGUUGGCGACUUUACAGACCUUGAUAUGUCCAUUCGAGACGCCUUCUCGAAGGGCAAAGCAAAACACGUUACUUAUAUGAAGAAGCUUGACGAUCAAAUGAUGCUAUUCGCAGCUCACAUCCUGGAUCCGCGUUAUAAAACUCACCAAUUGGAAAUGAUGAUACCGGAUCAAUACUCUGAGAUUAUGGCUAAAGUCAAGAAGUAUUUCAAAACGGAGUGGCCGGAGCUAGCAGCAUUGAAUGCCACAAACUCAACUAUGAGCCAAUCCAGACCAGCUGAGCGUCCUCAAGGAGUCUCCAUUGCGCAAUGGAGAGCCAUCCAAAUGAAGAAGGCGAGGGAGGCGGAGACGGGCGCGGCGAUCCCUAUUUCGGAGCUUGAACGGUGGCUUGCAGCUCCUCGAAUAGAGUUCGACGAGUCUAUUGCAAAGUCUCCAGACUUCCUACUGAAGUGGUGGAAAGAACACAAGGUCGAGUGGCCACUUUUGGCUGCGGCGGCGCGUGAUCUUCUCUCUGUCUCUGGCUCUGAAGUUGACGUGGAACGCCUCUUCAGCGGUUGUAGAGACGAAUUCGGUAUCCGCCGUCACGCCUUGAAGGCAGAUACGGUGCGAGUACUAACACUUUUACGGAGUGCUUAUACUCAGGAAGAUAAGAUCGAUCAGGCGUUGAUCAAGGCGGCCAUGGAGUAUGACAUCCUGCCCUUUGCCAAUAGUAUUAUUUGGAGACCAGACCACAUUCCGGGCAAGCUGGAAGAUGGCGAGAAUCCUCCUCAACCUCUUCCUCCCACCGAGGCUCCCACUGAACCCCUACCCCCAAACCUCCUGCAUCCCAAGCCGAUAAGUCUGCGAUAUCAACCCCCUGUCUAG